AUGUCAGUCGCAUCAACAAACUUUAUCCGACGGCGGUCGGCCAACUUUCUGUUGGCUAUCAGUGCUGUUCUUUUCUUCCUUGCCGACUGCGCCUUGGCCGUCAGGCUCCGGACCGGCGCCGAUCCCACCAUUAUGAAAGUCGGUAACACGUACUACUCUGCCGAGUCAGCGGAAGGGGGGAUUUGGGUCCGCGAAGCAUCGUCCAUCGAGCGUCUUGGUGCCUCUGAUGUUCGUCGAGAAUUAGUCUGGUCUAACAACGCCAAUAGAGGUGAGGUCUGGGCUCCAGAAAUCACCACCGACCAAGGCCGGACUUUCAUCUACUUCUCUUACGGCGUAGGUGCGGCGCAUCGCAUGUACGUCAUAAGCGCAGACUCCCCUAUUGGUGCAUACUCGGCCGAGUCAAAGCUCGCCUUGCCCGAUGACCAGUGGGCUAUUGAUGGUGCCUUCUUUGUCUUCGAGGGUCAAGGCUGGUUUGUCUGGUCUGGUUGGGCGAGCGAAAGCCAGAACUCGGAACAGAACCUGUACAUCUGCCGCAUGGAAAGUCCUACAAAACCCACCGGUGGACGAUACAUCAUUUCUCAACCCCGAGAGCCAUGGGAGCAGGGCGACAGUCCCCUUAUCAACGAGGGACCUGAAGUCAUCGUUGACCCUAACGGCCAACUGCACAUCGUUUACUCAGCAAAUGGCAGCUGGAACAACAAAUACUGCCUAGCAGACCUUCGACUACGUAAGGGUGGCGACCCAACUUACGUGUGGGAUUGGUACAAGUCAAAUGGCUGCCUUUUCGGCUCUCAUCAGGACAGGAUGAUGAACGGCUGGGAUGAGACCCUUUACAUCGAUGGACCUGGACAUCACACAUUUGCGCUCCCUGAUGGCGACGUGAACAAGAGUCCAGGCGGCACCAACCACAUUCCUUUCGUGUUUCACGGCGUGGAGAAGGGUACUGAGUACAACUGGGGCAACCGGGCUUGGUUCACUGGUAGUUACGUUUGGUGGAGCAACACGGCCUACACUCGACAGAACGUGCCAGGAGAUACAAGCAAUACGGGCUUCAGCUUCAAGUUCUUUGAGUAG